UGCAUUAGUUUAAUGCAACCCUGGCAGCGAUCAGAUGUUUUUACCAACUGCGUAAAUAAUUGCUGUUAUCGAAUUUGUUUACUUGAAAUCAGAGAAAUUUUGAUUUCCUACUUUUUAAAAGAACAAAUAAUGGACUGUGCUCCUCUGAAUUUGGCACACUUUCACGAAAGGCGCGCUAAUCGCUUUCUCCAACGCCAUCGAUAUGAUGAUGCAUAUAAGGCGGUAGAAACCUCGUUAAUUUAUUUACAAGAUGCGUUUAAAGCAGCAUUGAUGCCCAAAUCGGUUGAAUUGUUAAAUACACAAAAGUGGGAAUAUCAAAGGAAGUUGUGUCAAAUACAAAUGCACAAGCAACAGCACGAACGCCUCAAGCAUAAAGAAAUCGUACCAUUGUCAGCUACAAAUACGCCAGUAGUCUUGUUGAGAGCUGACAGCAAUCUCAAUGCGCAGUCGGUAGCCAAAUCAAUUGAUAAAACUGUACGUGAAUUCGAUGUAAAACUUAAUCUUUCGCCAAUUAAGCGCACAAAUAGUAGGGAAAGCAAAGAGUUUAGACAAAAUUCGAAUACUAGUUUGGAAGGUGCAACGGCCGCCAGAGACAUAGCAGCACCAAUUGAACAGCCACAAAAUGAACGCGCUAAGAGCGCAGGAGAUAAGCCAGCUUUUUAUUUAAACGAGAACGACGAGAUACCAUCGCUGACACCACUCGAGCUACCUUCUUUCGAGUAUCAUUCCUUUACUGCUUCCACGCCAGCAUUGACUGAAUUAACUGCAAAUUUCCAUAAAGAAUAAAUUUGCUGGUGUUUUUGAAUAUAAUUAGAUCUCCAUGCGCGCAGAAAAUUGAUUAACUGCAGUACGUGUAUUAAAUAAAUUUAUGUAUAAGUUUCAGUGUAGUAUACAUAUUACAA